AAGUAUUUGAUGCUUUCGUUUUUUAAGACUUUUUCAGAAGAUGUUACCUGAGAAUUUCUAAGUGUUUUUUCUUCUUACGUAUGUUAGAUCAGUUGGAAAGUCAAAAUGUUUAGACAGAGUCCAACUUUGUUCUAAUCGUAGGUUAGGUGUUUGUGAAAUCGUGAUACCAUCCAUAAACUAAACAAGAAGAAGAAGAAGAAGAAAAAAAAAAAAGAAAGGCAUGGGCGAUAAGGUGGAGACGCUUGGGAGAUUAGCCCAGUGGAAAAUCGACAACAUUGGACUUUGUUCCUACCAAAAAUCUGACCCUUUCAAGGUCGGAAUCUGGAACUGGUACUUUUCAAUUGUGAGGAAUAAGUACCUCUUCAUACAUCUUUUUCCAGAACCUUCUCCGGUUUCUAAGGAUCAACCUCCUUUUGCUCGAUUCGUUCUUCGAGUCUCCAAUUCUGGCUCAUCUCGCAGCUUUCAUAUUUCCCCUGUUCAAGAAAAGCUGCUCAGGACACAUGAUGACUUUGUCUGGUCUGUGGAAACUACUUUUGUUGGUCGCUACACCAUUGAUGUUGAGUUUCUAGACCUGAAGAUAAAUGGAGAAGAAACUAGUUCUGUUUGGCUAUCUGAUGGAAAUGUGCAAUCCGUUGCAUCCCAAAGUAGCAGUCUUCGUGUCCUCUCUCGUAUGCUUGAUGAGGCUAAACAUGCUGACCUAACCAUCAUGACUGCUGAUGGCUCAUUGAGAGCUCAUAAGGCAGUUCUCUCAGCAAGUUCUCCAGUGUUCCAGAGCAUGUUUCAUCACAACCUGAAGGAAAAAGAGUCUUCUACAAUCCAUAUAGAAGACAUGUCACUUGAAUCCUGCACGGCUCUUCUUAGUUUCUUGUAUGGAACAAUCAACAAAAAAGAUUUCUCGAAACACCGGCUUGCAUUGCUUGGAGCUGCUAAUAAAUAUGACAUUGGUGGUCUCAAAGACAUCUGUGAGGAAAGCCUUCUGGAAGGUAUCCACUCGAGAAAUGUUCUUGAGAUGCUACAUGAGGCUUGGUUGUAUCAAUUGCCAAAGUUAAAGAAUGGGUGUUUUGUGUACUUAUUUGAAUUUGGUAAGGUACAUGAUAUGAAGGAUGAAAUGAAUAUUUUUUUCCAAAAUGCGGAUAGGGAGCUAAUGCUUGAGAUGUUUCAGGAGUUGCUUUCAGUUUCGAAACCAUGUAAAAGUUAACUCAUGGAUCGUGUAAAUUCUCUUUGGAUGACCAUAAUCAUUGUUUGCUCUUUCUACUUUUUAUCAUA